GUAAACACGCGUCGGGCAUUAUGCAAUGAACGCUUCUACCGCUCGGCGCCCGCAUUUGCAUGGCACACUUUUUACUUACGCCGCGUAGUAUUCAAAUAAAAAAUUUAAUUAACAACCAAUUGGAAUUGCAUAACUUUUUUUCACGUAAUCAUUAACGUUAGGUCACGGUUAUGGUCUCGCUAUAGGUAUUGAUAAGAGAAAAACGCAGUGAUUAAUUGCUCAGUUAAGUGAGGCAAUUGAUUUAAAAAUUAUUCGCGCCAUUUCCCAGAACUAAACAUUUCAUUUCGAAAGUUGGAUUCAAAUUUCGAACGUUUGAUUAAGAAACAUUUAAUUUGGCAUAAAAGAAGUGUGACUUUUUUAAUUUUUGUACUUAGAAAAUGAGGUGCAGGACGUAUUAUUAUACGGUUGUGUUCAAAUGUGAAGUGCGUGUUUCAGUGAAGUUCAAUUUUUGAGACACCAUCUGUCGCAAAGGUGGAGGGCGACGCGAGUGCGACGACGCGGGACGGUGCGCGUGCGGCCGACCCGUCCCGCCCGCGCCGCCCGCGCCCUUGCUCCACCCCCUCCGUGCCCUGGAUGACAUGUCGCCACCGUUACUCAGGUCCAACCCAAUAUACACCGAGGAAGAGGAGCAAGAGGUAGUCAUAAUCGUGGAUUCGUUAGAGAGCGUGGAGGGUGAACAGGGGGAGGUGCCCUGCACACCCCGCACCCCCCGCCGAGCGCCUUCCACCUCGUCAGGUUAUGGGAGCGGAGGCGGCAGCCAUGGUCGUGUCUCGCCAAGUUUACCAAAGACCGAGCACUUUGCCGAGCCCACUCGGCGAUUAUCUGUCUCGGACAAGAACGAUGGAUCUCACACCGCAUCAGACUCGGAUGGCAGUCCAAUUUGCACGCUGUCCCGAAGUCUUAAGGAAGAUAUUAGGUCAUGUUUAGGAGGCUAUCGAUGGGAGAAAGAUGUUGGAGAUGUCGUGGAGGCAGCAGUUCGAGGAGCUGGUGGUAUCAGCGCGGCCCGUGCGCGUCUCCACGCCGCAUUGCUGGCUCUACACGAGCCGCCGCCUAGGGUCCCCAACCGGGGUCCGUCGCUCCCGUACUGCGGCCCUGGGGUCCGGCCCGGUGACGUCACCAUGAUGCCGAAGAACACUGAGAUGUCUUUAUUGGCUGCUAGCGCUCUCUUCACGCUUGACGGCGCCCGAGGAGAAGCUUUGUCUCGUCGUCUUGCCCGAAGAGAGAGAAGAAAAAAGCACUGCAGGGCAAUAUUGGCCAUAAUUGCGCUGCUGCUUCUCUUGGCUGCAGUUGGGGCUGUGGAACUGCUGAUGUCUCGAGGACAACGAGUCUUUGGCGCUGUUCUUCGCUGAUGUAACCAGUUUAUGUAUUAUACCAAUAUGAAGAAUACCCGCUGCGUCGUGGCUGACCUACCAAGGAAUCCAUAUUAUGAAGCAACUGGAUGCACGGAACUGGUUUCGUGUUGACAUUCUUUUACCAAGGUCCGAUUAAAAAAUGCAGUCUUAAAUCACAUAUUCGAUAUCACUGUAUAUGGAUAAACUUGUGAUAACAUACCCGUGUGAUUCUAGUGUAAUGAAAUUAUUAAACUGUAAUUAAUUUUACUCGUUUCACUUGAUAAUUUUUGUAUUUCUUUCUUAAUUUGUAACAAAGAUUUAUAUAGAUACUGAUAUACGAGUUCAUAAUAUAACUAUAGUAUC